AUGACACCGUCUGGCUUUGAGCUCAGAGUGCUGGUGUUUGUGUGUUUUACUGUCAGACAGUGUGAGUCUGUGUCUGACUCCUGCCUGCCGUUUCCCUGUCGUCCACCAGGAGGCUCCAUUGGCGGCUCACGGGUCAUCACACCCGACGUUCCUUUCACGGUGGACGACCUGACGUCCGACCACAUCUUCUACGUCCAAGACAGCGAACGCAAAGCCACGGCCGAGAGCGACGUUUUCAGCUUCUAUGUCAGUGACGGACACAGUCAGACUGAAGCGUUUAACGUGGAGAUAGACAUUCAGCAGAGUAAAGAGGACAGACAGCCCGUGGUGUCAGUCAGCAGCAUCCAUGUGGAGGAAAACUCUGGCGUUGUCAUCACCAACUCAUCGCUCAGUGUUUAUGACCAGGACACGCCAGAGAACGAGAUCCUGUUCACCAUCAUCAGGAUCCCUUCAUACGGAAAAGUGCGCAGACGACAGUUCUACUCUCAGCCUCUGGAGAACGGCCGCGUCCUGACUCAGGGCUCCACCUUCACCUACCAGGACGUCCUGGACAAGCUGCUGGUCUACACGCCGGAGCUGGUCAGCGGCGGCGCCGACGAGAUGGGCUUCACCCUCACCGACGGCAUCCACACACACACCGGACGCCUGGAGUUCACCAUGGACGUCAGGAAGAGCGAAGGUCCCAGAAUGACGGUCAACAGAGGACUGCAGCUCCCGGCAGGGUCUCAGUCUAAGAUCACGGAGCAGAACCUGAAGGGAACAGACCUGGACUCGGACUCUCUGAAGCUCCGCUAUGUUCUCACCAAAGACCCUCCUGCAGGGAGAGUGCAGCUCAGCAGGAGCACACGCCUGGACCAGGUUUCUGUUCAAGGUCCAGUUCACAGCUUCACACAGGACGACGUCAACAAAGGUCUGCUGCAGUACAGUCAUGAUAAAGGGGAAAAAGGAGGAAGUCUGUUUUUCAAGUUUAACCUCGUGGAUCCAGAGGGAAACAAACUGAUCGACCAGUCUUUCUUCAUCAGUGUGCUGGAGGAUCGUCUUCCUCCGUCUGUGGUGGUGAACAAAGGUCUGGUGCUGGAUGAGAACACGGUGAAGAAGCUGACCACGCUGCAGCUGUCGGCCAGCGACCAGGACAGCGAACCCGCGGAGCUCAUUUACCGCAUCACCAAGCAGACGAGCCUCGGUCACCUGGAGCACGUCGCCAACCCAGGCACCAGGAUCAGCACGUUCACUCAGGCCGACCUGGCCUCGCGCAGCGUCCACUACAUUCACACCAGUGAAGAAGAGAAACACGCCGACCAGUUUUCCUUCACCGUGUCCGACGGAACAAACGAGGUGGCUCAGACCUUCUACAUCACCAUCAAACCUGUGGACGACUCGCUGCCUCUGCUGCAGGUUCCUGGUAUGAGAGUCCAGGAGGGCGUGAGGAAGACCAUCACUGAGUUUGAGCUGAAGGCCACUGACGCAGACACAGAGGCCGACUCCCUGGUGUUCACCGUGGUCCAGGCUCCUCGUCACGGAACCUUGGAACGCACCAACAACGGCCAACACUACAGACAGACCAGCAGCUUCACCAUGGACGACGUCUACCAGAACCGCAUCAGCUACAACCACGACGGGUCCAACUCCCUGAAGGACCGCUUCACCUUCACUGUGUCCGACACAACCAACCUGCUGUUCAUGGUGGAGGAGGGAGGCAAAGAGAUCGUGACGGCCGCUCCUCAGAAGUUUAAGAUGGACAUUCUGCCGGUGGACGACGGGACGCCGAGGAUCGUCACUAACCUGGGUCUGCAGUGGCUCGAGUACAUGGACGACAAGGCCACAAACCUGAUCAGUAAGAAGGAGCUGCUGACCGUGGAUCCGGACACAGACGACAGUCAGCUGGUCUAUGACAUCACCACUGAGCCCACGCACGGUUUCCUGGAGAGUAAAAUGAAACCUGGCAAUGCUGUCACCACCUUCACACAAGCUGACAUCAACCUGGGUCUGAUCCGCUACGUGCUUCAUGAGGAGAACGUCCAGGAGACGAUGGACACCUUCAAGUUCCUGGUGAAGGACAGUAAACCCAACGUGGUCAGAGACAAUGUCUUUCACAUUCAGUGGUCACUCAUCAGCUUUGAGCACAAAAGCUACAACGUGAGCGAGAAGGCCGGCACGGUGGCGGUGACGGUGAAGCGAACGGGAAACCUCAACCAGUACGCCGUCGUGCUUUGCCGCACCGAGCAGGGCAGCGCCACCUCCAGCAGCAGCGUGGGGUCGCGCCCCGGUCAGCAGGACUACGUGGAGUACGCUGGACAGGUCCAGUUUGAUGAGCGCGAGGACACCAAGGUCUGCACCAUCAUCGUUAACGACGACAAAGUGUUUGAGGGAAGCGAGAGCUUCCGCGUGGAGCUGAGCAUGCCCGUGUACGCGCUGCUGGGUGGGAACACCCGCGCCUCCGUCUACAUCAACGACACCGAGGACGAGCCCACUCUGGAGUUUGAUCAGAAGAUCUACCACGUGAACGAGAGCUCCGGGUUCAUCCAUGCGCCCGUCCAGAGGAAAGGUGACGUCUCCAGCACCGUGUCCGCUCUCUGCUACACUGUCGCUAAGUCGGCGCAGGGCAGCAGCCUCCGCGCGCUGGAGUCCGGCUCCGACUACAAGAGCCGCGGCAUGUCCGGCGACAGCCGCGUGGUCUUUGGCCCCGGCGUCAGCAUGUCCACCUGCGACGUGAAGCUCGUCGACGACAGCGAGUACGAACUGUCUGAGGAGUUCCAGCUGGUGCUGUCAGACGCCUCCGAUAACGCUCGCGUGGGCGACAUCGCGAUGGCCAAGGUCGUCAUCGACGGACCCAAUGACGCAUCGACGGUUUCUCUCGGGAACGCCACCUUCACGUUCAGUGAAGAUGCCGGUACGAUUGAAAUCCCCGUGCUGCGUCACGGCAGCGAUCUGUCCUCCCUGACGUCCGUGUGGUGCGCCACGCGACCCUCAGACCCACCCUCGGCCAGUCCGGGCGUCGACUACAUCCCCAGCUCCAAGAAGGUGGAGUUUAAACCCGGGAGAACAGAGGAGACCUGCAGUUUGACCAUCAUGGACGAUGUCCAGAACCCGUCCAUUGAAGGACCCGAGUCCUUUGUGGUCUUCAUCAGUUCACCACAGGGGGCCGUCCUACAGGAACCGUACGAGGCUAACGUCAUCAUCACUGACACCUUUCAGGACAUUCCCAGCAUGCAGUUUGAGAAGAGCUCGUACACUGUGAAGGAGAAAGACGGCGUCCUCCAGGUCCCGGUGGUCAGGAGCGGGGACCUGUCCUUUACGUCGUCUGUGCGCUGUUUCACUCGGACGAUGUCGGCCAUGGUGAUGGACGACUUUGAGGAGCGACGCAACGCUGAUGACUCACGCGUCACGUUCCUCAGAGGAGAGAAGGUGAAAAACUGCACCGUCCACGUCAACGACGACUCCGUGUUCGAGCCUGAAGAGGAGUUCCAGGUGCAUCUUGGGACACCAUUAGGGGAUCACUGGAGCGGCGCCAUGGUAGGCGUGGCCGACAUCGUCACAGUCACCAUCACCAACGAUGAAGAUGCUCCCACCAUCGAGUUCCAGCAGGCGUCGUUUCAGGUGAGAGAACCUCCGGGUCCUGACGGCGUCCAGGUCUUAAACAUCAAGGUGAUCCGGCGAGGAGAUCUGGACCGGACUUCCAAGAUCCGCUGCAGCACCCGGGACGGAUCGGCUCAGUCCGGCGUCGACUACAACCCCAACAGCCGAGUGCUGAAAUUCACACCUGGAAUGGACCACAUCCUCUUUAAAGUGGAGAUUCUGUCCAAUGAGGACCGCGAGUGGCAUGAGUCGUUCUCAUUGGUCCUCGGCCCUGACGACCCUGUGGAGGCGGUGCUGGGGGAGAUCACCAUAGCAACAGUGACCAUUCUGGACCAGGAAGCUGCAGGCAGCCUCAUCCUCCCGGCCCCGCCCAUCGUGGUCUCACUCGCCGACUACGAUCACGUCCAGGAAGUGACAAAGGAGGGCAGUAAGAAGACGCCCUCUCCUGGUUACCCGCUGGUCUGCGUAACGCCCUGUGACCCUCGCUACCCAAAACACUCUGUGAUGAAGGAGCGCUGCAACGACGCUGGAAUCAACCAGACGCAGGUUCACUUCUCGUGGGAAGUGGCGGCACCGACCGACACCAACGGUGCCCGCUCGCCGUUUGAGACGGUGACGGACACGACGCCGUUCACCGGCGUCAACCACAUGGUCCUCGAUAGCAUCUACUUCAGCCGCCGUUUCCACGUCCGCUGCGUGGCUCAGGCCCGGGACAAAUUGGGUCACCUUGGAACGCCACUGAGGAGCAACAUCGCCACCAUCGGCACCGAGGGCGCCAUCUGCCACACGCCUGUUACCACGGGAACCGCCAGAGGCUUCCAGGCUCAGUCCUUCAUCGCCACACUGAAAUACCUGGACGUCAAACACAAGGAGCAUCCGAACCGGAUCCACAUCUCAGUGCAGAUUCCUCAUCAGGAUGGAAUGCUCCCCCUAGUGUCCACCAUGCCUCUGCACAACCUGCACUUCCUGCUGUCAGAGUCCAUCUACAGACAACAGCACGUCUGCUCCAACCUGGUCACACUCAAAGACCUGCAGGGGCUCUCUGAGUCUGGUUUCCUGGACGAUGUUUCCUACGACAGCAUCUCCCUGGGACCUGGUUUUGAUCGUCCGUACCAGUUCAGCCCAAACCUCCGUGAGAAGAAGAGCAUCCAACUGUACAAACACCUCAACCUCAAGAGCUGCAUCUGGACCUUUGACGCCUACUACGACAUGACGGAGCUCAUCGACGUGUGCGGUGGCUCCGUCACAGCUGACUUCCAGGUUCGAGACUCAGCUCAGUCCUUCCUGACGGUGCAGGUUCCUCUCUACGUGUCCUACAUCUACGUGACGGCGCCGCGGGGCUGGGCGUCUCUGGAGCAUCACACUGAGAUGGAGUUCUCGUUCUUCUACGACACCGUGCUGUGGAGGACAGGGAUCCAGACGGACAGCGUCCUCUCAGCCCGGCUGCAGAUCAUCCGGAUCUACAUCAGAGAAGACGGACGACUGGUGAUCGAGUUCAAGACUCACGCCAAAUUCCGAGGUCAGUUUGUCCCUGAACACCACACCCUGCCGGGACAUAAGUCUCGUCUGAUGGCACCGGACCACCUCGGAGGAAUCGAGUUUGACAUGCAGCUGCUGUGGAGUGCUCAGACCUUUGACUCACCGUACCAGCUGUGGAGAGCCACCAGUUCUUACAGCAGGAAGGAUUAUUCUGGAGAGUACACCGUCUUCCUGAUCCCCUGCACCGUGCAGCCCACGCAGCCGUGGAUCGACCCUGGAGACAAACAGCUGUCCUGCACCGCCCACGCCCCAGAGAAGUUUCUGGUGCCGAUCGCCUUCCAGCAGACGAACCGCCCGGUCCCCGUGGUUUACUCUCUGAACACAGAGUUUCAGCUGUGCAACAAUGAGAAGGUUUUCCUGAUGGACCCGUCCAACGUGGACGUGUCCAUGGCAGAGAUGGACUACAAGGGAGCUUUUUCUAUGGGUCAGACCCUGUAUGGCAGGGUGCUGUGGAAUCCAGAGCAGAACCUGAACGCAGCGUACAAACUUCAGCUGGAGAAGGUUUACCUGUGCACGGGCAGGGACGGAUACGUCCCUUUCUUUGACCCGACGGGGACGCUGUACAACGAGGGGCCACAGUACGGCUGCAUUCAGCCCAACAAACACCUGAAACAUCGCUUCCUCCUGCUGGAUCGUAAACAGCCGGAGGUCUGCGACAACUAUUUCCACGACGUUCCCUUUGAGGCUCACUUCGCCUCAGAGAAGGCGGAGCUGCAGCCGAUGGCGGCCAUGCCGGGCGUCGACGGCUUCACCAUGAAAGUGGACGCUCUUUACAAAGUGGAGGCGGGGCAUCAGUGGUACCUGCAGGUGAUUUACGUGAUCAGUCCAGAAUCGCGGUCCAGUCCCAGGAUCCAGCGCUCGGUGACGUACGAGCUGCGUCGUCCUAAACGAGACCUGGUGGACAACAGUGGACGUUUGACGCUGGACGAGUCGCUGAUCUACGACAACGAGGGCGACCAGGUGAAGAACGGCACCAACAUGAAGUCGCUGCGCCUGGAGGCGGAGCCCGCCGCCACCUUCAACGCGCACGUGGGCAGCUCGGUGGGAGGGGGCGUGGCCGCCGUCACCAUGCUGGUCCUGGUGCUGCUCGCGUCCUGCUUCCUGUUCCGCCGCUGCCGCCGCUCGGCCGACGCCAAGAAGAAGGCGGCGACGUACGAGGAAUAUCCGCUCAACACCAAGAUGGAGGUUUGUUUGGACAAAUGUGUGGAGAAGAACUUCAGCAGCAAACACUGCGCGGUGAGGAACGUCAACGUCUUCAACCGUAACCACGACAACGCCAAAGUCAAACAGGUCAACCUGGAGGUCAGACUCCACAACAACCUCAACGACGGCACCGAGGUCUGAAGACGAGGACAAGAUUUUUAAAAAAAAGGAUUUUCUAAAACUCAAAAAGUUUCUAACAAGACGUAUUUUUUACCAUUUCAAAAAAACAGAAGAGUGACGAGCAGACGUCGCACGGCAUUUUCAUCCUUUCACAACUGAGCUACCUCAGGAAUCACCAGAUUAAACUCCAGAUUAAACCUCUCACUCAUCAAUCUGCCAAAACAAGCACGCGUCACCUGCUGAAGCAUCAGAUUAAGCACAAACAACCUCACCCACAGAUUAAACACAGAUUAAACACAAAAACCUUCAUCACAGAAGUGACAGAACGUCGCUGAAACAGCAACUCCACACGUGAUCUUCAUCAAACUGCCAAAACAUCAACACGCUGCCUGAAACACGGUCUUCUGCCUCAUGACAUCAUCAUGACAUCAUCAUCACCGCCACCAUCAUCAUCAUCAUCG